AUGGAGUUUCUAAGACGUUUAGGGCCUAUUAUCUGGACCCAUUUACGGGCCCUCAAGCCCUCCUUUAUCAGCAAAGACCCCCAUUUUAACUUCAUCUCGGCACAUUAUUUUUGGAUCAUUGGCAUGUCAAUAUUUGCCUCCAUCCUCCUCUACAGCACGGCCAAUGGCCAGCUUCCUUACGUAGACGCUCUCUUCUUCGCGUCUGGAGCUAACACGCAAGCUGGCUUGAACACCAUUGACCUGAACCAGCUGAAUACAUUCCAGCAAAUAGUCAUGUACAUAUUCCCCAUGGUAUCGUGCCCGAUCACACUCCACGGCUCUGUUGUCUUCUUGCGCCUCUAUUGGUUCGAGAAGCGCCUACAAAAUCAUGUCCGUGAUGCUCGUAGCCGACGAGGUACCCUGUCCCGAUCCAAAUCCCGCGGCGGCGAUGCUUCCCGUCUGGAGAAGGGCGUCAAUGGCCGAAAGAUUACAAUUUUAAGGGAGUCUGGAAAGCGAAUGGCCAACGAUGGAAGCUUGCUGGGACCAAAGGAACCGAUCAUCAGCGCCCCCGCGGCCCCAUCCACUCACCAGUCCACCAACCCAUCCUCCACCCCCUCCUCUAAUGGAUCCGAUCGGGACAGUGAUGGCACGGUGGGCGGGGACCACAACACUCAUCUCAACGGCCUAGUCCGUCCUGCCGGGCAGCCUCACUCCAUUUCCUUCGCGCCAACCGUGAUUAGGAGUGAUGGGAUUGAGUUAGAUGCUACCAAAUUCCCCGAGUCUUCCACCUCCGACGAUGAUGGUACUGUCGCGCUUGAACGACAGGAGCAUACCAAGGAUAGCGAGGCAGAGGUCCUCCGUAUCCCCAAUCCUCGCGAUGCCGACCGCGGCAUCGGCCCUACCCGUCUAGAAGUUGGCGAGAGCCGUCCAGAGGAUGACGAUGACGAUGACGACGAUCAAGGCACCGGCGACGCACCCGAAUCCCACAAGACCCAGUCCGCCCCACAGAGCCCUAGUAGCAACCGAGCACAAGAUCGCCAAGAGCUGUCGGAUUCUCUUCGCCAAAGAGCGCCCGUCAUUCAAAUUCUAGAGCCGGAUCCUGAGCUCGACGAACGCCGCCAACAAGAGCGAACGGUCAUGGACACGGUCAUGGAUAAUAUCGCCGACGAGGCGAGGGCCAUUGGCAAUACUUUUGGGCCUCUUCGCUUUAGAAAGCCCCGUCUCUUCCAGUCCAAGGACAAGGUCCACCACGUCGACAGCGAUGAAUCCGACAACUCCCGUUCCAGCGCGAAAGGCACCAUGAGAAAGAUCAAGUCGCUUUUCGGUAGCAAGGAAGCUGACGAGGCCCCCUAUCUGAGUUGGACGCCCACGACCGGCCGAAACUCGCAGUUUCCCGGCCUGACGCUUGAGCAGCGAGAGGAACUGGGCGGUAUCGAGUACCGGUCGCUGAGGACGCUCGCGUUACUGUUGGCCAAACAGCAGUAUGGCGAAGUGGUGGACGCGGCUGGCGUUUCGCGCACCUGGUGGAGUUUCUACACGUCGAACUCUGCCUUUAUGGACCUAGGCCUCACGCUGACUCCGGAUAGCAUGAUUUCGUUUCAGAGGUCUACCUUUGUCAUGAUGAUAUUUUGGCUCCUCAUCAUUGCUGGCAAUACAGGCUUCCCUGUCUUUCUACGCUUCAUGAUUUGGGCGACCUCGCGGGUCGUGCCCCGAGACCUGGUCUUCUUCCUAAUCCUUGAUCUAAAUAAUCCAAUCGUUCAGGACCUGCCCUGGAAUGUCAGGAUCGCGGAUGGUCUAUUUCAGGCGGCAGCUACCCGGACGGCUGGGUUCUCGUGCUUCCCUAUCAACUUCCUCCACCCCGGCGUCCAGACGCUGUACCUUAUUAUGAUGUAUAUAUCCGUCUUCCCCAUUGCCAUUUCUAUCCGUGGCACCAAUGUGUACGAGGAGCGAUCUCUCGGUAUAUACAGCGGCCAUGAUGAGGACGAUGGCUGGGGCCAGAACGCGAUGAACUAUAUCGGCACGCAUUUGAGGCGCCAGCUGUCCUUUGACUUGUGGUUUGUCUUCCUCGCGCUCUUCAUCUUGGCAAUUUCCGAAGGCGGUAAGCUCGAGCGCAAGGAGUUCAACAUGUUUGACGUCUUGUUCGAGGUGGUUAGCGCCUACGGCACCGUCGGCCUAAGUAUGGGCUAUCACACUGUCGACGCGUCGCUGUGCUCCCAGUUUAGCACCGUCGGAAAGCUAGUCAUCAUCGCGGCCCAGGUUCGCGGCCGUCAUCGUGGUCUACCGUACGGCCUUGAUCGCGCAAUCCUCCUUCCCAGCGAGUCUCGGUUCGCCAAGGAGGCGGCCGAGCCCGUGCCGGGCCUGCCUCGGACUAACACGGCUGUUUCCACGACCUCCGCGCCGGGCCUGGCACGGCGGAUCACGACCUCGACACGCCCUCGCACGAUUGAGAGACCGAGUACCAACUUUUUGCCCAGAUUCUGCAUCCGGGCCCGACCCUCCCGCCCAGGAUCGAUCGGAGAAUGUCUGUCGAGACGAUGCAAGUACCGUAUCAACCUCAACAGCACGGCCCUGCGAUGCGAAGAGCUGCGACCGUGGCUGUGUCGGAUGAGGAAGAGGAUCCGGAACUCAUUCACCCCGUGUCUAGGGCGAGAACGUACGGAGGGUCGGGCAUUAGACUACGGCGUUCUUCCUUUGGAGCCUGAUCGGACCAUGUUCCCCAAACCUUGCGGACAAUCGCAGUAA